CGACGUACUAUCAACAAGGCCCGUGGCCUAAGCCAAUGGCCCACAUUGCACUUGGUGGGCACGUUGACUUAUCAUCUCCCCAAGUGGGAGAAUGAACGUCGUAAUUUGUGGCAGAGAAACUUUGGUCCCUGGCUUGAAUGUUGCACCACGUGCAAGCCUUUCUCGCUGAAAUUAAGAGUUGGUCCGUAUGCCAUGCUAAAACAGCAUGCAUUCAACAUACUUUGUACUCUGGUCCUUUGCCUGUUUGUUGCACAGCGCGAGUCCCAAAAAUUAUUUUUCUUGAAAUUAGACGUUGUGUCCAGGCACUUAUAUAUAUCUUGAUGAUUAAAAGUUUACAGAUAGAAAAUACUAGCGGGUAGAGUGAUAGUUAGUUUUGUAAUACUCCCUCCGUCCGUGUCUUAAAAAUGGUUGAAGAUGGAUGUAUCUAUAACUAACUAAAAUAAGUCUAGAUACAACCAUUCCUAAGACAAGUAUUUCCGGACGGAGGGAGUAUUUGGUAAGUUGUCCCAAGACUUUAUUUAUGGCAAAGGUUCAUAAAAAGAGAGUGAUGAGGUUUUCUUUUCAGUAGUCCAUUAUAGGAAUUGAGGUGUUACAUAGUUAUUCAUAUUAAAAAGAAACACAUUUAACUUAUACAUGCAAAGGAAGCCUACAGUACAUAAAGUUCUAAGCUUUUGUUUUUUUACAUAACUUAAACAAAGAAAACAAUGUAUAGGCAUGUUGUUAAGUCAAUCAUGUCUACCUGCUAACUGUCAUUUAAACAACAAUAGAACGAAAAGGUUAUUAAUCUGACGCCAGACCUCGAGAGCGUACAAUGUUACGACCGUCUGAUCACACGCAAAUCUUCAUCCUCGCUGGAUGACACAUCAGCCCGUAAAAACGUUCGCGGCCUACAACCAACCACGCGGACGCCCGUUUUCUAUCCAGCUCCCCUCGCCCACUCGUCCCCAACCCACUCUUAUCCAUCCUGGUAACACAGAGGCAAAGGAGAUGCGGCAGCAGCACUCUACUCGUGGCGGCCAUGGCGGGUCUCGCGGCACGGGGCAGCUGCUCCCAGCGGCUGACGGCCGCGUGCAUCCUGCCCCGAGCCCGAACUGCUCCACUUCGCCUGCUCCUACAACGGCGGCCACGGAGGACCCGUGGUAGCCAUACUUGGUCUCAUUGGAAGCGCAGCGGCAGGGCUAGGCGCGUGUAAGCCGCUCAGCAUGAGCGGCCGACAACGCGCGUCUGCGGAAGGAGGUUCUCCUCACCGUCGCAGCCACGCGACGCAGCCCAUACCUCAUGGACAUUGUUGGCUUCUAGGGAUGUCGCCGCCGUCCUCGUUGAUUAUUCCGUACAAGAACCACGAAGUGUGUAAGCUCGCUCGAAUUUCACAUAUCCGGGGUGCUCGGGAAGUUCCCCCGGAGCGAGCACAGCCGGUCGGUCAGCUGGCGUCGUGGUGGGAGCUCCUGCUCCUCCUCACCAAGAACAACACCAUGUCCUCAUGUGGCGACCCACCGAGGGCGGUUGGACCUACGGCUGAGAUGCACCCCAAGCACAAGGGCCUUGGGAACAUCCAGAUGCUCCUACACUAUAAGACUCAGGGUUCAAAUGUGGGUAUUUCUGCAUCAGAACCAUUUGCUGCCUGAUAUAGAAGACUGGGCAUUGUACUCCUGUAGGUAUCCUCCUCUUUCUUCUCCUUUAGAUACUUGAUGCAGCUCUCCACUUCAGAUUUGACAUGCAAAUAGAGGUGCUGAGCCUUCUCUUUCUCUUAAUUCCUUGUCCCUCCCUAUGCAAACAAGUAAACCAUUCGAAAACACAAGAAGCAAACCUAAUCAAACAUGGGCUCUCCAAAAUACGUUUGCAUGCAUUUUUUAUUAUUGAAAAAGGAUAACAGGGUAGCGUACGUUGACUUACCAUGAGAGCAUCUAGAUAUCUUUUCAGAUUACUACUUGCUAGUGCAACUGGUUAUACCUUUUGUUUCAUUAUGCUUCCAAAAGAUGAAGUAAAACCUUCAUGGCAUUUUGGCAUAAGCACUACUGGAUGCCUAUCUUUAUUCUUUAUCUCUCCCAUAGAAUUAGUCCUUUGGAACAACAAUGUAAAUCAAGAUCACUGAUUCUCAUGGACAAAGUAUUUGCGAGACUACAAAACUAUUAUUAUUUUGCUUCUAAAGUGAAACCAAAAUAUACCUUAACUUUAGGCCCUCUUUAUUUAGCUUCUUGUUAAGGAUAUCAUAAAACGGGAGGCAAAUCAAGAGACAUGCCAUCUACGUAAUUGUAAAAGAACAAAAAAGGAAUAAAUGUCAAACCAAACAAAAAGUGAAAUGAACAAUACAAAGAACGCCCACCAUCAUGAAGUAAACAGGACACCUUCCUGCCGGCAAGAGUGAGCUUUGUCUGGAUCCAAAUAAGAUGGAGAAACCAGAGGACCUGCAAAUAACCACAACAAACAAAUAAAAACAAGAAAUCACAAAACAACACAAAGACACUGAAACCAGAUUUAGAGAUAAAUAGAAACAACAUGAUCUAGUAUUCUAGAGCCUGGGGGUAUAUAAAAAAGAAUCCAGGCAAAUAACAAUAACAAAAAGAAGCAUGCUAAAUACCCACCAAACGAUGAAUCUACAGGACGUUUCCCACGGUGAAUAUCUUGUCGUUCCUGGUGUCGCUGCCACGCCUCAUCAGCCCUCGAACCUAAAAACACACAACAUCAUGAACACAAUAAAAAAGACUACAAAAAAUCAGCAAACCAAACCCUACAAAUGAAAGAACAAUACUCACCAAGAUUAGAACCACCCUCAGCAGCCAACCUCCCAUCAGAAGCACCAACAGAAGAAGAAGAGCCCAAGGACGUCGAAGGAACGCGUUGAGAACCAUGUGCAACAACACGAACCAUAAUAGAGACCAAGCAAACAAGAAGUACACAGGAGAGAAGAACACAACAAGGAGCUACUUAUAGGCAAGUAAAUCAGGAUCCAAAACACAAAUGUGUGCAAACGUGGACACAUGCAUGCAUGCAUGCAUACAUGCAUGAGCCAUGCAGCAGCGCACGCACACGAGCGCAUACAACAGCUCAUGCAGCUAAUAUAUUUUCUCACAUGAGACAAAAUCAGCCCAUGCAGUCAAACCAUCUUUUCACAUGGGACACAUGAGACAAGAGAAGCCCAUGCACCUCUAGAAGUGAUUAACCACUUCAGAAAAGCCACCGUGCACACGUGUCGCUCAAUCGGUAGGGGUAAAAAAAAUUCUGAAAAAACCAGAAAAAUCGAACCCUUACGGGCCUAGUAUUCUUAGUAUAUACUCAACAUCAUAACAUAAAAGGUGGAGAUUUUAUAAUGCAUGGCCAUGGAGACCAGUGUUUGUACUACUACUGCUCUCGCCAUCGUCUCAUGUGUCUCCGCUCUCGGCAUCGUCUCAUGUGUCUCCAUGUUGUACUCAGCUACCGAAGUCUGCCUUUGCCGCUUCUGUGGACUCCACCCACUCAGCGGCAUCGCUAUGGGAAUGGACGCCUUCUUCAUGUCAUCGCGGGCCAUCAAAUUGCUCCAUACGAUGCCUAUUGUUGUUGCUCACCCUGUCUCCGUGUACGGAUUCUUUACCUGCCAAAAUAUUUCAAAUGAAUUGCUUCAUUGUAUUGAGCUCACGAGUUUUUACCCUCUAUAUGCCAAC